AUGGAUUCCUCUGACUCAUACACUUCUUCAUCUUCCGCAUCCAGCCAAUUUGCUGUAUACCCAGAAUAUUUCAACGACAACAGAGAAAGAAAAUCAUCUCCACCUUCAUUUCAUUCAUCCCUCCAUGAAAUUCGGAGGGUUCCUAUGAAACCCAUGAAGAAACCAAUUGCUCCACUUCCACCCACCAGGCCUAAGGUCUACAAAGUGGACUGCAUGAACUUCAAGAAAGUCGUGCAGAGGCUAACUGCGGCGCCGGAAUUUCAACCCACCGUUGAUCAGGGAUCGGAGGUGCUGGAUAUGGUGGAAGUGGUUCCGCCGGGUCCAGCAUUCCGGCAGCAGAGGCGGCUGGAGGAGGUGGCGCCGCCAGCACUUGAUCUCUCCAACACCACAAAUACACCUCUUCGUUUCUCGGGCAAUGAUCAGUUUGUAAAUUUCCAGGGUGGAAUCCCGGUGCCGCAGAUUCCUCCCAAUUUCAGUGAUAUUAUAACAUCGGAGAGAAAACUCCACAAGUUGUCAGAAACUUGCGGGGCUCAGAGUCCACUUGGGUUUAGUUUCUCACCUUCUUCGAUGGCAUGGUGUUUAUCCCCACUACUGAGCCCAGGAACCCUUUCCAUUCUGGAUUGA